CGCGGCCUGUUUUUCCUUUCCGGCCGCCAUUUUGUGCUCCUUCCGCGUGCGACCGCCCAAGCUGCACUGCCGCUUUUCGGCCCCGACCGGACCGCUUCCUCCGGAGAGAAGAUGAAAGAAAUCAUCAUGAACCAAGAAAAACUAGCUAAGCUCCAAGCACAAGUCCGCAUUGGGGGGAAGGGUACUGCCCGUAGAAAGAAGAAGGUGGUUCAUAGAACAGCUACAGCAGAUGAUAAGAAGCUUCAGUUUUCAUUAAAGAAGCUGGGAGUAAAUAACAUCUCUGGUAUUGAAGAGGUAAACAUGUUUACCAAUCAGGGCACUGUCAUCCACUUCAACAACCCUAAGGUUCAGGCUUCCCUAGCUGCUAACACUUUCACAAUCACAGGUCAUGCUGAAACAAAGCAACUGACUGAAAUGCUUCCUAGCAUCUUAAACCAGCUCGGUGCUGAUAGUCUGACAAGUUUGAGGAGACUAGCAGAGGCUCUACCCAAACAACCUGUGGAUGGCAAAGCACCUCUUGCUACUGGAGAGGAAGACGAUGAUGAAGUUCCAGAUCUCGUGGAAAAUUUUGAUGAGGCUUCAAAGAAUGAAGCAAACUGAACUGUCACUUUAAGUUAAACUUGAAAAUUAUAUGGAGCUGCUAUUUUAUAUUGUGACUUUUAUUUGUAACAUUUUUGUACUGAUCUUACGAAUCUAAGAUCUGUAAUAUUUGGAAGCUCUUACAAAUUGCAGCUCUCCUCAGUUAUUGCUAGUGCACGGGGCAUUUAGUUGCAGCUGGGUUGGAAUUACACAAAAUUGAAAAGUAUUAAGUCCAAAAUGCUAAUAAAGGCUACAUGUUUAGGCAAA